AUGAAAGGCCGACGAAAGAGCGCGCCGACGCGGUCGCUGGCCAUGUUCCUGCCUGCGAGUCUCCGACGGACGUUGGCAGGUGUGUCCCUCGGCAUUUCCAUUGGCAUUGCAGGGACGUUGAUCGUGCUUGGAAUCGAAGACGAAGGAGACGAGCGAAGAAGGCCUGAUACUACACCAACGGACCACAAGCCAUUGAAGCCCCAGACGCUGGUUGAACACGAAGCACUGCGCUACGGGAUGCCGUCCAACUCGAAUGUAUUCGUGCGGUCGGGCUACGUCGUGUCGUUCGACUACCGGACGCGCAAUCCGUCGUGGGUGAUGCAGUAUUUGACAAAAAGCUCGCUACAAGUCGAGCAAGAGACUGAUCGAUCGAACUCCAAGUUUAUGGUGGACAACGAUGUCCCUGCGCAGUUUCAAGUGCAUCCGAACCGGUACCUCAAGAGCGGCUACGACAAGGGGCACCUGGCUCCAGCUCGUGAUAUGAGCCAUUCACAGCAAGCCAUGGACGAGAGUUUUCUCAUGACGAACAUGUCGCCACAGGUCGGUGUGGGCUUCAACCGUGGAUACUGGGCACGCCUCGAAGGGUUUGUCCGUCACCUGGCCGGUCAGUACGACGCCGUUUAUGUCAUUACCGGACCUCUGUUUCUACCCAAGAAAAACAAACGAUCGGGAGAAUACGAGGUUUCGUACCCUGUGCUAGGCACUCCGCCGAAUGCCACAGCUGUGCCAACACACUUCUUCAAAGUAGUGCUGGGUGAACAGCGAGGCAGGCGAGCGUUUGCCGCAGCCGGCUUUAUUUUGCCGAACAAGGCCAUCCCCGAGAACAAAGACCUUCUUGAGUUUCAGGUUCCGCUAGAUGUGAUCGAGAAACAGGCUGGUCUGCUCUUUUUCGACAAGCUCAGCGGUGUUGAGAAGAUGGAUCUGUGCAGCGUGAACAAGUGUGCAGUAGUUGCCGCGUAUCGCAAGGCUUUGUUUGCCAAAUCACGCUGA